AUGUUAUCACUACCGCAGGAGCAAGCCGACCAAUCAGGUCACGCGAAAGGCCAUCGCAGAACUCGCUCCGCAGCAGAUUCCGCGUUCUUCGGGAGCCUCAAUUCCGCCAGUGCGCUCCGCUCCUCUGGUGCGCGCGAGGGGCCGCGGAACAGCGAUGAUGGCGCGGGGAGCAGCGGAAGCGAGAUGGCCGUGCGCAGCCGGAGGCAUGUCCUUUCGACACUGUCCGCGCGGGAGCGCGAGGCUCCUGGCGGUCGAGAAACAGACGCGCAGCGGCGGCGCAGUCACGAACACCAGCCGCCGUCGAGAAUGACCGUCGCCGGCUCGAGGGACGGCGCACACGAGGGUUCAGGCGCAUCCCGUCCCGGCGGGGGGGCUGCUUUGGUAUCGGAUGGAUUUGCUUCCUCGGGGGGAAGGGCUGCAGGGUUGGGUUUAAGUGCAGCAGGCGUACGAACAGCAGGUAUGGACUCAGGAGCCCCAUGCAUGUCACGAGCGGGAACUGCGCCGGUAGGGGGAGCGCAUUCGCUGGAGCGGAAGAAAGGGCCCGUUGCGGCGCCCCAUUUGCGGCCUGACCGCCGGCGCACUAUGAGCUGGGACGGCAGCAAUGACCCUCUGGCUGCCGGCCGGCUAGACCCGUCUGUCUUGGCUGGAGCGGUGGUGUACGACCGAGCAGCGUUCCCGGUGGCGGGAGCAGGCCCGCAUCCGGGCAGAGAGCCGCGCCCGUCCUCCAGCGGGGCUGGCUCGUUAGCAGCACGCAGACAGCGCAGACUGUCCCCGUUACAAGCCUCAGGGCAGCUCACGGGUCCGCUUGUCAAUCCUGAAGCCGUGGCCUCCCCGCAGCUGCCACCGCGCGCAGGCGGGGGGACGUCAGGGGCGGGAGGAGUUAGGGUUUCCGCGCGGGAAGGGGCGGGCGGUGGACUGUGGUCGCCGCAGGAGCAGGCAAGCGGGGGCCAUGGCAGGGGGGGCAGUGGCGGGGCGGCGGCAGGGGCGGCGGGAGCAGCUGAAAUGCUGGCAGGAGCUGGAAUUCCUAGGGGAUCGUCGAUAACUGCGAGCUCACCUAGGCACAGGCUCUCUAGAGGAAGCAGUGGGGGCAGUAGCACAGGCGCCGCCCUCCCCCCCCUGUCCCCUCAGGUUCAGCAGGUGAUGCAGCAAGAGCACGGACAUGCAGGGCAGCAGCAGGGAUCGCAGGUACCUCCGCCUCGUGCAAUGACAACCGUUGAUGGGAUGGUUGAGGCGAUGGAUCGAGGGACAGCAGAGCAGCGGGUGGAAGCGGUGGUGCAGCUGAGAGCAGCAGUGAAGGAGAGCUGUGAGAACAGGCAGCGGCUGCUGGAGCGAGAAGACGGGGUGCCCAUCCUUCUCGACUUUCUCGAUGAGGCCGUUGCUGCUCUGGGCGGAGGGGGAGGGAGGGCGGCAGGGCGGGAGGGGCGGGGGCGGGGAGUGAUGGAUCCUGCGCUGUUGGUGGACUGUGCAGUGGCCGUGGUGCUGCAGCUGUGCCAGUCACGCGAUGGCGCAGCCGAGUUCAUCGAUGUGGGUGGCGUGCCGUCCCUUGUGGAUGUGCUCUCUCACACCGGGCCAGCCGGCACGGCAGGAGCGGGGGCAGGAGCAGGAGCGUCAGCAGGGGGGACGUCAGGCAUUUCGAGCAUGGUGAAGGGGAAUGCAGCCGCGGCGCUGUUUGCGCUUUCCUCGUGGGACGACGUGAUGGACGAAUCUGCGAAUGCCAGCAGGAAUGGGAACGGUGCUGGCCCGAGUAGGAACAUUCACAAGACUAAGAUCCAAGCUGCAGGAGCCAUCCCCUCGCUUGUCCGCUUGCUCACGAAUGAGACCGCAAGGUGCAGAAAAGACGCAGGGCUUGCCCUCUUCUCCCUCUCGCAGGACCUGUCGUGUGCGAAUGAGAUCGUGAGGGAAGGCGCUGUGAGCAUUCUAGUGGAUCUUCUGGGGGAUAAGAGGCCAGGGGUUGAGGAGAAAGCCAUGGCUGUGCUGGCCAAUCUUGCGAGGAGGGCGCUGGAGAGUGAGUCUGAGAGGGCGCGGGAGGAGGCGCUGUGGACGCUGCACCAUCUGGUUACCACAGGGGUUGUGGCGCCUGCGGUGCUGCUGAAAGAUGGGGCGCUGUUUCCGAUUGCGAAGCUGGCUUGCAAGAAAGGGGCUCUUGCAGAGGCCAAGGAGCUGCACCGGAUCUUGAUGACUGCAAGAAAAGGGGGCAGCGACUCGCUGACUCAAUCCAACUCCCAGCGCAAUCUCAGCAAGGCGCGGCGGCAAAAAGGCGGAGAGGCGGAGUCGUCCUCUCCGGGGGGAGCGCAAGCGGCGGAGGCACAUCCGGGAGCAGGAGCAGAGCCCGCGUCGUGGGACGGGCGGCGGGAGCGGGAGCCGCUGGAAGCGGCGCAACGAUCGCCGCAGGCGUUGCAGCAGUCGCUGGCGUCGCCCGCGCAACUUUCCCCGAAGCCGAUGGGCGCGGGGGUGCAGCAGGGGGAGGUGCAGGGGGGAGCGCGCGAGGAGCAGCAACAGCGGCAGCAGCAGCAGUUUGCGCAGCGACCGCAAGCGCAGCCGUCGCCGCCUCCGCAGCAGCAGGCGCCGUUCUCUCAGCCGCUCAUGCAGGCUCCCCAUUGGACGGGCGGAGGCUUCGCCGCGUCCGCCACAGGGCGGAGAAGCGGGGAGCGGGGCAGAGCGCAGGAGGGCAUGGGCGGAGCGGGCCCGGGGGGAACGAGCCCAAUGGGGGGGGUUAACGUGAGCGCAUUGGUUGGGGGGGCGAUGAUUGGGGCAGUCGGGGGAGCAACGCCGCCCAGGGACGCGCGGGUGCCUGCCGCGGGCGCGGGGGGAGCGCAGGCGAAGGCGCAGCAGGACGACGGCAUGGGGCGAGGCGCGUACCCCGCCUCCCGCGACUACUACCCCUCGCAGGGCGUCCCCACGCCGCACGGCACAGCCUCGGGCGCAGCUUCGGAACCCUGGCGCCAAGCCAGCGAGGCAGGCUCGGCGGUACGGCCGUGGGAGGUGCUGGGGGGGAUGAAGGAGGAGGAGUGGGCGGCGUUCAAGGGGUGGGUGGAGUCCACGUGGCGCUGCCGCCGCUGUGGCAGCCCCAGGGACGAUUUCACCGACCACCCUGUAGCCAUGGCCCUGCUGCAGCGCUGCGGUAUCAGCCCCCCCAGCAGCGCCGGCCAACCCGCCUCCUCCCCUCUCCACUCUGACGGCAGUGGAAGGUUCUCCGCACCUUCCUGGCAGCGGCAGCAGGGGGUGGGGGGCGGGGGCGGAGGGGAUGUGCAGAGGGGGGCGGUGGAUGCGCGCAGUCAUGGGGGCGGGUCCCCCCUGAACCCCUCCUCCAAGCGCCACUCCUUUGACGCCUCCCCUCUUGCCUCCACCACCACCACCAGCACCUUCACCGCCGGGCUAGGCCCGGACGCGUGCCCGCACCUGCGAGGCAGCAGCGGGGACGGGGAGGGCAGUGGGGAGAACAGCGGUAGGCUCGCCCCAGGCGGGGACUACAAGGGGCAGGGGAACAGAAACUUCGACGAAAGCGCCCUGCAGGAGGUGCGGGCGCGGCUGGAAAUGGGGGGGGUGGGCGGAGGGGGAGGGGGAGGGGGGGGAAGAGGCGGGGGCGGGCUGGCGCGGACGAUGAGCAACACGGAGGUGCUGCAGAGGAAGCUGCUGGCGGCCAUCACGCGCGCGCACCAGGUGUAUUUCAUCGACAAGGAGCCGAACGGCAGCCUGGUGUUUGACUACCUGCUGUCCGCACUGCUGGAGGUGACCGAGUCCAUGUUCGGGUUCAUCUCGUCCGCGCUGCUCAAGGCCGAUGGCACGCCCUACCUCAAGGUGUGUGUGCUGGCAUGCCGUGCCUCAAGGUCUGGCUGGGUGGUGUGUGUGUGCUGGGCUGGUGUGGGGUGUGCGUGCCUCGCCUGCAUGCUGUCCGCACUGCUGGAGGUUACCGAGUCCAUGUUUGGGUUCAUCUCCUCCGCUCUGCUCAAGGCCGACGGCUCACCCAACCUCAAGACCCAUGCAAUGACGAACGUGGCGUGGAGCAAGGAGCUGAGGGCGUGGUACGCGGCCAACAGCCACAAGGGGCUCGUCUUCACCAACCUCAACACCCUCCACGGCACCGUGGUGCUCACAGGGCAACAGGUGGGUGAAAAAGGGCAGCAGGUGCACGUGGUGCUCACUAACGAUGCUCGCAACGACCCCAGGUCGAGAGGAGUCCCUCCAGGCCACCCCCCGAUCGACAAGUUCAUGGGCAUCCCCCUCUACACCGGCACCGAGCUCAUCGGCGUCUUUGCCGUGGCCAACCGGGCGGCGGGGUACGAUGAGCAGCUGGUGAAGGAGAUUGAGCCGCUCACCAUGACCAUUGCCCAGAUGAUCUAUGCUGUGAAUGAGCGGAAGAGGCGCAAGGAGGCGGAGCUGCACUUGUCGAGUGUUGUGCAGCUGGUGAAGGAGAUCGAGCCGCUCACCAUGACCAUUGCCCAGAUGAUCUAUGCUGUGAAUGAGCGCAAGCGGAGGAAGGAGGCGGAGCUGCAUUUGUCGAGUGUGGUGCAGCUCUCUCUCACCCUCCACUGCCUGCCCCUCUCUGUGCCUGCACUGCACAGUGCUCCUGUUGCGAAGGAGGGCAUAAUGUCCCUGGCGCACAGCGGGCAUGUGACCUCCAUGAACCUGUCAGCGCGCCAGAUGUUUGGCUUUGCACAGCCGGGGGACGCGCCCCUGCCGGGCAGCAUGCGCGAGGGCGUGGCGGCGCCCGCCAACCUGCAGCUCAAGGACCUGCUCGUGGAGAUUGAUGGCCACCGCGACAUGCUCACGGCUGGGGGUAUGUGUUGGUGGGUGGGACUAGGCUCACACUUGAGGGCGGUGUGUGCUGCUAAGUUCACUCAUGGUGGGGAAGGGCGUGGCGUGGCGGCGCCCGCCAACCUGCAGCUCAAGGACCUGCUCGUGGAGAUAGACGGUCACCGGGACAUGCUCACUGCUGGAGGUGUGUCUUUGUUGUGCUGGGGUGGGGUGGAGUGGGAGGUUGCUGCUGGGAUUCACUCAUUGUGGGGAAGAGUGGGGCUUACUGUUGGGGUGGGGGGGGAAUGUCUUGGUGAUUGCAGGGGGCUGGACCACGCGUCAGGGCAGGUGCACAAGGGCACGGGGUUCCGCACGGACGGCAGCACGUUCCCCCUCGAGAUCUCCCUCUCCAAGGGCAACUACGACACCGUCUUCUAUGUCGCCGUGCUCAGAGACAUCUCAGAACGGCUCGAGGCGGAGAAGAAGCUCAAGGUGAGAGCAAGGUUGAGGCAGGGAGAAGGGGUUGUCAGAGAGCACACAGUAUCCCUGUCCAAGGGCAACUACGACACCGUCUUCUAUGUCGCCGUGCUCAGAGACAUCUCAGAACGGCUCGAGGCGGAGAAGAAGCUCAAGGAGAGCGAGGAGCGGUGGCUGUAUGCGCUGUCGGGCAGUGAUGACGGAGUGUGGGACUGGAACGUGCGCGACAACACCAUGUUCUUCUCUGAUCGCUGGAAGCAGAUGCUCGGCUACGAGCCUGGCGACAUUGGGUCAACGCUAGACGACUGGGAGCGGCUGCUCCACCCGGAGGACAAGGACCGCGCGUAUGCAGACCUCAAGGAGCACCUGGACGGCGUGACGGCGCAGUUUGUGAACGAGCAGCGCCUGCGGUGCAAGGACGGGUCGUGGCGCUGGUUCCUGCACCGCGGCAAGCUGCUCUCCAAGACGGACGAUGGCGAACCGCUGCGUUUCCAACGGGACCGCGUGCUCACCAUCAGAGACUCGGGCGACAUGCUGCUGCAGAUCAUCAACGACAUCCUCGACUACUCCAAGAUCGAGUCCGGCAAGCUGGACAUGGAGCAGACGCUCUUCAACGUCGUGCAGGCGGUAGUAGUAGAGCGCGUGGCGGAGCUGCUCAUCCACAACGCCGAGUCCAAGGGGCUCGACAUCGUGAUCGAGAUCGAGCCGGAGACGCCCGUGUUCCUGGUGGGGGACGCCGGGCGCACGCUGCAGGUGCUGAUUAAUCUCGUCGACACGGGGAUUGGCAUUCCCAAGGAGCGCAUCGGCCGCCUCUUCACCAAGUUCUCCCAGGUGGACGCCUCAACAACGAGAAGGUUCGGAGGAACAGGGCUCGGGCUGGCAAUCUCAAAGCAGCUGGUGGAGCUGAUGGGCGGCCGCAUAUCAGUGCACAGCGAGUUCCGCCGCGGCUCCCACCUUCACCGUGCGCCUGCCCGUCAACACCCACCACCCCGCCUACGCCGCCGUCGCCGCUCUCAACCCGCCGCUCCCCACGCCCUCCCACGCCCUCCGCCCACCUCCGGCCACUCGGCUUCUGUGCUCUCCCCCGAGUCGCCUGCUGCGGCCGGCACAUCUUCCUAUGCGUCGUCGGGUCCGCUGCCCGUGCCGCUGGUUGUGCCGCCUGAGUUCCAAUCCAUCCGUCGUGCUGCUCGUGAGCCCGCUCGAGGUGAGUGCAAGGUGGGCCUGUGCUUGAGGCGCCUCAAAGGCCAUUUGCAUUCCCCGCAAGCUGCUGCCCAUCCGUGCCGCUGGUGGUGCCGCCAGAGUUCCAGUCAUCCGUGUGCUGCUCGUCAGCCCGCUGGAGUCCCUCUUCCCCCCCAAUGUCCCCUCCUCUCCCAGGUGACAGUGUGUGCAAUGCAGAAGCAGCUGGAGGCAUGGAAGGUGCCGCACGCGUGCCUCACCUGCACGCCAGAAGAGGCCUUCCUCAAGAGGCUCCCUGCCGGCUCUCUGCCGCCCGCGCCCGCCCCUGCCAGCCGGCCAACCGGCGCCCGCCACGUGGCGCGACGGGCGGUGUUGGAGCUGUUGGGGAGGGAGCGCGUGGGGGUGGUGGUGCUGCUGAAGCGGUCGCAGACUCACUUCCCGCUCCUCCCGUUUCCCCUCCUUGACACGUCACACCUCCCCUCCGCACCUGUGCCACCAGGUGCGCCCCAAGGCACUGCUGGAGGCGAUGGAAUCGGCCAUGCAGAGCACCCCCCGGCGGCGAGGGCCUGUUCCUGUCGUCGGGGCGGCGCAGGCAGCAGCCGCGGCCCCGCUGCGGAGGAGCAUGGGGCCGAAGCUGAAGUGGCCCGCAUCCUGCUGGCUGAAGACAACCUGGUGGGUGGCACGCAGGGGGUAUGA